AAUAAAAAAAAAAAGAAGGAAGAAAAAAUAAUCAACGGAGAAGAAGAAAAAAGUAAGUUGAAAUGGUGUAAAGUCAGUCUCUUCUCCUUGUCCUCCUCUAUUGCUUGCUACGUUCUUUAACAAAACUUCCGAUGCCCAGUCGUCGGAGACAUAGCUACACCGGCGGAUCUUCUCCUGCAACCGCAUCUUCUAAUUACAGCAUAACGAGCUCCAUCACCGAUCGCUCCUUCCCUACCCCUACACCUACCACCACCACCACCGACAAAUCCAGCAGCUCCGUCGCUAGUUGGAUCUCAGGCAUCUUCAUCAACUGCUUCACUCCUCCCGAUUCCCUUUCCUCCAAAGAUUUCCACGACUCUAAGUCCUCUUCCUCUGAACAGAACAUCCGUAGUAGAAGGAGCUCAACAGGAAGCUUGCAGAGGCAUUAUGGGAAUGCUAACGAAACAGAGCAUCCAAGAUUCACCUUCCAUGAAAUCUACGACGCUACCAAGAACUUCUCCCCAUCCUUCAGGAUCGGCCAAGGAGGUUUUGGGACUGUUUACAAGGUCAAACUUAGAGAUGGCACUACCGUAGCUGUCAAACGUGCCAAAAAGAGUAUGCACGACGACCGUCAAGGUGCAGAGUUUAAGAGUGAGAUUCAGACCUUGGCUCAAGUUACACAUCUGAGUCUGGUUAAAUAUUAUGGAUUUGUGGUGCAAGAUGACGAGAAGCUUCUCAUUGUCGAGUAUGUAGCCAAUGGGACUCUCAGGGAUCACUUGGAUUGCAAGGAUGGAAAGGUUCUAGACAUGGCGACUCGGCUAGAUAUCGCAACCGAUGUGGCUCAUGCCAUUACCUAUCUUCACAUGUAUACACAGCCACCUAUCAUCCACAGAGACAUCAAAUCUUCGAACAUUCUCCUCACUGAGAAUUUCAGAGCCAAGGUUGCAGAUUUCGGAUUCGCAAGAUUGGCUCCGGAUACCGAAUCAGGAGCCACGCAUGUCUCGACACAAGUCAAAGGAACCGCAGGUUACCUAGACCCAGAGUACUUGACAACGUAUCAACUCACAGAGAAAAGCGACGUCUACUCGUUCGGUGUCCUGCUCGUCGAGAUUCUCACAGGUCGACGUCCCAUUGAGCUAAGCAGAGGACAAAAAGAACGCAUCACCAUUAGAUGGGCGAUAAAGAAGUUCACGGGUGGAGAUUCAAUAUCGGUAUUGGACCCGAAGCUAGAACAGAGUCCAGCGAACAACUUAGCAUUAGAGAAGGUGUUGGAGAUGGCGUUUCAGUGUCUUGCUCCUCAUAGACGUUCUAGACCAAGCAUGAAAAAAUGCAGUGAGAUUUUGUGGGGAAUUCGUAAAGAUUACAGAGAGCUACUCAACACAAGUCUUUGAGGUUCUCUACACCUUAUAUUACUCAUUGUUGUUUUGAAUAUUAAUUUGUCCUAUUCCAGGAUGAUUAUUGUACGCAAUACGCACGACGAUAAUUGUUGAUUUGAAAUUGUUUUCUCUUCUGAAACAUAAUAAUUAAUACUAACGGUGUGUAUUUGAAUUGAGUUA